AUGUUCAUAGCUGCACUUGCAAGGCCAAUUACCACAGUCAAUAGUGUGGUCAUUUUUGAUGGGAAGAUAGACAUCUUCCCAUUCAUAGAAGAGGUGGCAGUAAAGAGGUCUAGUUGUAAUAGAGAUGCAGGGGUGAUUGAAACCAAACCUCUACUAAGCAUCACAAAAGAAGUCAUAAGAGAGAAGCUAAUAAAUCACAUACUGCCAGCCAUAAGAGAAAAGUGGUCAGAGGAUGGGUGUAAGCAAAUCUGGAUUGUCCAAGACAAUGCAAGGCCACACAUAGCAAAUGAUAAUGCUCAAUUCAACUUAGAGGCAAAAAAAGAUGGAUUUGACAUAAUAUUAAUCAAUCAGCCAGCACAAUCUCCUGAUAUGAAUGUGUUGGAUCUUGGUUUCUUUGAUGCAAUUCAAACAUUAAAAGAUCAAAUUGCACCUAGAACUAUGAAGCACUUGGUGAAGGCAGUGAACAAGACCUAUGACAAGUAUGAUCGUAAGCUAUGCAAUCACAUAUGGCUGACUCUACAAUAA